GUUAAUGAUAAUGAUGACUUGCUGCGAAAAAUAUGUCCUUUUUGCCACAAUCUUCUUAUCCAAAGCUAUCAGCUGAAACAAUUGUGCAUUUCUUCACAAUUAUAUUUUGAGUCCCUAAAAGAGCAACAUGAAACGCUUACAAUUAAUGCAUUGAAUACAGGAAAUACAGGAAAUGAAUCUGAAAUAGAAUAUACGGAUCUGGAAGACACUCUCUUAAAAGAUGCUGACUGUCUUUUAGUCCAACAUAUCAUUAAUAUAUCUUUAGAGCAAAAUUUAACCAGGGAAGUAGAUGGAGAAUAUGAACAUGAAAUCACGGAGAAAUCAGAUUUAUCCCAUCUAAACUGCGAAGAGAUUAUCCUUCCUCAAAGUCCAGACAAUGAUUCAAAGAAAGAAUAUUCACAGUGCACAUUUUUGUGUCACAUUUGUAAAAUUAAGUUUGAACACAAACAAGAUGUUGCAGUUCACCAAUCGAUUCAUGAUAAUCUAAAUACGUGCAAUGUUUGCAAGAAAGUAUUUAGUUCGGUGCAAUUAUUAAAACGUCAUAUUAAAACUCAUAUGAUGGUUAAAUCACAUAAAUGUAGAAUUUGUAGUAAGUCUUUCGUCGAAUCUUAUGAUGUUAGGAAGCACACAAAACGCCACCAUCUGGGUAUUCCAGUGGAGAAAAAGUAUAUAUGCCAUAAAUGUGGACAGAGGAAAAUCUUCGUUUGCACAUUAUGUGCUACAAAAUUUACCAAAUCGUGUAAUCUAAGUAGACACAUGAAAAAUAAACACGGGUUUACAACUCGAAAAGACAAAGCAACCCUAAAAUGUCCAUUAUGCGAAAACAAGAGGACUACUUAUAAAGAACUUGAGGCACACCUAACUAGCCAACAUCAUUUGGAUAUUACGUAUAGCGAGUUAAAUUUUGCCUCCAAAGAAUCGUUUGAACAAUGGAAAACCGACAUUGAAAAAAAAACUCUAUCGUUUUUUCAAUGUAGAAGAACUGACGGUAAUUUUGUGCAAUAUGUUUGUCAUCGAUCAGGGCAAUAUGUACCAAAACCAAAAACAUCCAUCCGCCAACGAGCAAUUAAAGCCCAAGAAUCAAAUAAAAUAGGAGCUUGUUGUCCAGCUAGAAUUGAAAUAAAAAAAAAAGAUGGUUGUGGAAUUGAGGGAUUAUUUGUGAGCACCCAUGUGGGGCACCAACAAGAGGUUGGGAGGCUCCGUUUGACAAAAGCAGAGAAGGAGGUUUUAGCGGGAAAGUUGUUAAGAGGUGUACCUAAUCAACAAAUAUUAAAAGAAUUAAGAAAUUCGUUUGAUCCAAAUCUGAAGCUUAGUUACAUCACAAACAAUGACUUACACAAUUUAAAAAAGGCGUUAAAUAUUCGAGCUGGCGUUAUAUUCCACGGUGACGACGCAAAAGAGUGUGGUGACGCAAAAGAGCUGGAUCGUAAUGGCAGCACCUUCAUAAUAAAAGAAAAAUGAUCAUACCUACCAA